UACGUCCCGUGUAGUUUGUAAGUGUGCGGCUUCAUAGCUCAGUUUCCGUUUAUUCCAGAAACAGCACAAAAAGGAAAGUCUCGCGUCUCUCGCUGAGCUGCAGCCAUGAUCGAGCCCAAGAAGCGCGGAGCGGCGGAGAUGGCCGUGGUGCCCGCCGCCCAGAAGAGGCCGAGGACGGAGCUGGUGGCCGCGGCGCAGUCGCAGCAGCAGCAGAUGGUGCCGAUGGGCCCACCUCGGAGCUCCAGCCUCCAGGCUCCCAUCAUGCUCCUGUCGGGCCACGAGGGGGAGGUCUACUGCUGCAAGUUUCAUCCCAGCGGAUCGGCGCUGGCGUCCGCCGGUUACGACAGACUCAUCCUGAUGUGGAGUGUGUACGGCGACUGCGACAACUACGCCACUCUGAAAGGACACAGCGGCGCCAUCAUGGAGUUGCACUACAACACAGAUGGCAGCCUUCUCUUCUCUGCCUCCACUGACAAAACGGUGGCGGUGUGGGACAGUGAGACAGGCGAGCGCAUCAAGCGCCUCAAGGGACAUACCUCCUUUGUCAACUCGUGCUACCCUGCCCGCAGAGGGCCACAGGUGGUGUGCACGGGCAGCGACGAUGGAACCGUGAAGCUGUGGGACAUCAGGAAGAAGGCAUCGGUCCACACCUUCCAGAACACCUACCAGGUGCUGGCCGUGACCUUCAACGACACCAGCGAUCAGAUCAUCUCGGGAGGCAUCGACAACGACAUCAAGGUGUGGGACUUGCGGCAGAACAAGCUCAUCUAUACCAUGCAGGGUCACGGUGAUUCACUCACAGGCCUGAGUCUCAGCUCCGAGGGCUCCUAUCUGCUAUCCAACUCAAUGGACAACACAGUACGCGUCUGGGACGUGCGCCCCUUCGCCCCCAAGGAAAGGUGUGUGAAGAUCUUCCAAGGAAAUGUGCACAAUUUUGAGAAGAAUCUGCUGAGGUGUUCAUGGUCACCGGAUGGAAGCAAGAUCGCAGCGGGGUCUGCUGACAGGUUUGUCUACGUGUGGGACACAACCUCCAGGAGGAUCUUGUACAAACUACCCGGCCAUGCCGGUUCCGUCAACGAGGUGGUGUUCCAUCCCGAAGAGCCCAUCGUUCUGUCUGCCUCCAGCGACAAGCGGCUCUACAUGGGGGAGAUCCAGUAGGGGGCGCCUUGCAGUCCUGUGGGGGCAGAACCGGGGAGCCAGCGGCACCUGGCGUCACUGGACCCUCCUCGUGGCUCUGCGGUCAUUGCGAUGGCGAUGAGCUCUGGACCCCAGGCUGGAGCUGGACCUCCUGGUUGAGGCUGAUUUUUGACCACAGUUAAUGGGAUGUUCAGCAGAGCAGUGCUGGGGUUUAGGUGGACCUGCACCCCUUCUCUCUCUCUCUCUCUCUCACACACACACACACACACACACACACACACACACACAUCAGAUUCGCUCCUUAUUGCUGGGAUGGACCCAGCGUCCCUGUGGGCCUCGAUCCUAGGACCCUAGGUGCUCCUGUAAAUUUCAGGGUUUUUUUAAAGUAUUUUUUCAGUCCUGUGUUUUGUCCAGUUUGAAAUAUUUGCCUUUAAAUUGUAACUCCUCCUUGUUGCAAAAUAAAUCCUCUGGAUUC